UGUGGGUUAGUGUCUAAUGGGGACAGGGUUUCAGAUGGGGAAGAUGGAAAGUUCUGGGGAUGAAUGGUGGUGAUGGCUGCACAACAAUGUGAAUGUAUUUAACACCACCAAACUGGUUGAGAUGUUAAAUUCCAUGCUAUGUGUAUUUUACCACAAUUCAAAGAAUGAGGCCGAGCCAUAUGUGCCGGUGUCAGGUAUUCACAAAGAGAAAAGGCAGGAAAUCUGCGACACUGGCAGUUCUAGGGGGCUGGCGCCGGGCAGCAGGAUGAGCAUUACUUUGUCCUUAACACCAUGUCCUUCUGAAACCAGAACCAAGCCCAGCUGGGACUACACACUGGGGCAACCUGGAUUCCUCCAGAAGGUCCCAGCAACCCAAACACGGCCAUGCACUGCUCAGCUGUGCUCCUGCUCCUGGUUGGUGUGGCUGAGGCCUUUCGCAUCUGUGCCUUCAACGCCCAACGGCUGACACUUGCCAAGGUGGCCAGGGAGCACGUGAUGGAUACCUUAGUUCGGAUCCUGGCUCGCUGUGACAUCAUGGUGCUACAGGAGGUGGUUGACUCUUCUGGCAGUGCCGUCUCCCUCCUUCUUCGAGAACUCAACCGGUUUGAUGGCUCCGGGCCGUACAGCUCCCUGAGCAGCCCCUUGCUGGGGCGCAGCACAUACAUGGAGAAGUACGUGUACAUCUACCGGUCACAAAAGACACAGGUCCUGGAUCACUACGUGUAUGAUGACAAGGAUGACCUCUUUGCUCGAGAGCCCUUUGUGGCCAAGUUCACUUUGCCCAGCAAGGUCCUUCCCAGCUUGGUGUUGGUCCCCCUACACACCACUCCGAAGGCUGUAGAAAAGGAGCUGAACGCCCUGUAUGACGUGUUUCUGGAUGUCUCCCAGCACUGGCAGAGCGAGGACAUAAUCCUGCUUGGGGACUUCAAUGCUGACUGUACUUCACUGCCCAAAAAGCGCCUGGGCGAGCUGGUGCUGCGGACUCGGUCAGACUUUCACUGGGCGAUUGCUGAUGGGGAGGACACCACAGUGCGGGCCAGCACCCAUUGUGCCUAUGACCGCAUAGUGCUGCAUGGAGAGCGCUGCCAGAGCCUGCUACGCAUGGCAGCUGCCUUCAACUUCCCCAGGACGUUCCAGCUCACUGAGGAGGAGGCCCUCAACAUCAGUGACCACUACUCUGUGGAGGUAGAGCUGAGCCGGGCAGCGCACAAGAUCCAGCCCCUCAGCCUGGCCACUCUGUUGCUGCCAUUGCUGCUGCUGCCAUUCCUGCCCCCCCAAAUGGGCCUGGUGGCCUAAACCUCACCCCCACCCUGGUGCCUGCUGCCCACAGAUGUAAUGACUACACUGCCUUCAGGACUCAAACCCUAGCCUCUCCUGUCCCUCUGCCCUGGGGCCAAAGCAACUUCUCAGGGGCUUUGACUGCAGCCCUGCCCUGCCCUGCCCUAUUGGACUGCAGCCCUCUGCCUUUUCUUUGGUUUGGCUUAUGUUCUUCUGUUGGGCCUGUGCCUGGCAUUAGAAUGUGCAAGAGGAAGGCAGAGGCCCUGAGGCUGGAGCCUGGUACCUUUCCCCCAGGUAGUGUCAGGAGUGGGGACAGGACAGGCUCCAGGGCUAAGGGAGGGAAAAAGGGCUCAGAAAAGGGAAUCACAACAUGAAAAAUUAUGACAAAAAGGAAACACACACUGAGAACAAAAAGCUAGACAGGAGUGACACUACAUGUGUGUAGCAGAUACGUCAAUGGGCCACCUUUAUUGUACAUGGGAUUCACAUGAACCAGUGAAGAUCCCAGUAGAUACAAGAAUGUAGAUAAGCAGUUCACACACACACACACACACACACACACACACACUAGUGAAAAAACGGCUGAUGCAUUUAAGUUCAUUUGUAAUCUCAUGAAAAUAGCUGCAAACAGCCCUAAUGCCUGUGGUGAAGCCCAUGAGGUGCACUCAGUUCAUGUUGGCACCAUUCAUAGGGUGUGGCCCCAGGGAGAGUGGCUACAGGUGCACAGAAAAUAUAUGAACCAGUUAUCACACAACUAAUAGCUAUAAUUGUAAGAAAUUCUUAACUUUUUAAGCAUGAUGUUUGCUUUGUGAAGUAGUCAUAUUAGUGGUGGUCACUGUGUCCCUAUGUUACACUAUCAGCAAAUGGAACAAGCAGAUUUCCUUGGGAUGUGUUAGAACAGUCCCACAAUAAGUGUGAGAGGGCAUGAACAGGUGACCUGAAAAGGACAUGAAGUCAGAGAGGGACCUAGCUAACUCCAGGACUGCUCCAUUUUCCAGAAAACAGAGCUCAGUAAAAACAGCUACUUCCCUAGCCAGGUUGCUCAGUUGGUUAGACCAUCUUCCGGAUAAGCCAAGGUUGCUGGUUUGAU